AUGGGUGUUGCUCCGGUCAACGAGACUCCUUCCGAGUCACUGAAUCACGGAUAUGGAGGAAAUGACAAACCUGCCUCUCUCAGUAUCAUCCCAGACUCCUGGCACGCCUACAUCCAGCUAGCCCGCCUCUUCCCACCAGCUGGCCUAUUCCUCAUCUAUUUCCCCCACCUUUUCGGCGUUUUGCACGCCGCAGUCCGUACCCAAGCGGCCCCGUUGGAUGUUCUGAAUGCCAGCAUUCUGAUGUUCGCCGGCAGCUUUUUCUUCUCCAACGCCGGACACAUAUGGAAUGAUCUUAUCGAUGCCGAUCUUGAUGCCAAAGUUGAGCGAAGCAGUCGCCGCCCGAUUCCGCGCGGUGCUAUCUCCAAAAGGGCUGCUUUCAUUUUCGCUCUUACGCAGGGUGCCAUGGCCGCCUGGUUCCUGACAGGUAUCCCUGCUGGCUUCACCACGGGCUACCUGUAUGCCCUGCCUAACAUCCUGGUCACCCUGUACUAUCCAUUUGCGAAGCGACACACGCACAUGCCGCAGCUGGUGCUGGGCGUGUGUUUGGCUUGGGGUGUUGUGAUGGGUGAACUAGCGAUGGACGUGCGUCUGUUUACCUAUGAUAAUAAACUGGAGGUGGAAUGGACGACAGUGUAUCUGUUUAUGGCGUCGGUGUUGUGGACUAUCAUCUACGACACGCUGUAUGCGCACCAGGAUCUGAAGGCGGAUCUGCAGGUUGGUAUUAAGAGUCUAGCGGUGCUGUUCCAGGGCCAGACGAAGACUCUGCUGUGGCCGCUACUCGUCGCUAUGGCGGGAGUGCUGGUUAUGUGUGGAAAGACUAGCGGGUUCGGGGCUGUAUACUACGUUGUUGCGGUCGGAGGCGGCAUCGGGUCUCUCUGCGUGAUCAUCUUGAUGGUUGAUCUGAGCAGCACACAGAGUUGUUGGUGGUGGUUUAGCAAGGGAUUUUGGUCGGUGGGUGUGGCCAUUACUGCUGGCUUGCUGGGUGAGUACUAUAUGCUGUUGCAGCCUGCUUUGUAUUAG